UUAGUUCAUUUUGACGUUUCAUACUUCAACCACGAGCGCUUAGAGCGUCGAUCAGCUGGCGGAUGUGACGUUUUCCCGCAUCCGCUUGUUACCACGGAAGAGCAGCAGGCUGCUAGUAAGAACAAUGCGCUGAUUCCGGGGAUGUGCUCCAGAUGCAUUAGUUAUGCCGAGCGGCGUGGACUACAGCGAGUUGGGGGGAAGUCUUCCAGCCAUUUCUUCUUUGAACGCCUCGUAUUCCCAGGCGUCUCUCUCCCUUCCCUCCCCGUACUACCCCCCGCUGCCUCCGGGAGAGAGGAGAGCCUUCUCAGACGUACGCCGGACGUUCUGCCUCUUCGUUACGUUUGACCUCCUCUUCAUCACUCUGCUUUGGAUCAUUGAAUUAAAUAUCAGUAAGAGUAUAUGGACCAGUCUUGAGAAUGAGGUUGUUCACUACAACUUCAAGUCAUCUUUCUUUGAUAUCUUUCUUUUAGCUGUGUUUAGGUUUCUGUGUCUGCAGCUUGGUUAUGCUGCGUUUCGAUUGAGACACUGGUGGGUUAUUGCGAUCACUACUCUGGUGACCAGCGCCUUCCUCAUCGCCAAAGUUAUCUGCUCAGAUUUGUUUAGUCAGAAUGCUUUUGGCUACGUUCUUCCUAUCACCUCGUUUGUGGUGGCAUGGUUGGAAACGUGGUUCCUGGAUUUCAAAGUUCUCACACAGGAAGCAGAAGAUGAGAGAGCAUAUCUGGCAGCAGUUAAUGCCGCGUGUGAGCCGGCUCCUCUGAUCUCUCCUAGACCCGUGUCUGACGGACAGUUUUACUCCCCGCCCGAGUCCCUGGCAGGUUCGGAUGAAGACCUAGAUGAAGAGGGUCUCGGCAGGAAAGAACUAACAGAACAAGACAAGCAGUUUCUACGACAGGGACGGGAGGCCAUGGCUGUGGUGGAACAGAUACUGACACAAGAGGAAAACUGGAAGUUUGAGAAGACUAAUGAGAUGGGCGAUGCAGUAUAUACUCUUGAAAUCCCGUUCCAUGGGAAAACGUUUAUUUUAAAGGCGCUUUUGCAGUGUGCCGCAGAGCUGGUGUAUCAGGAGGUCAUUCUGCAGCCGGAGAAGAUGGUGCAGUGGAACAGAACAGUGUCUGUUUGUCAGAUUUUACAGAGAGUGGAUGACAACACAAUGGUGUCAUAUGAUGUUUCUGCAGGAGCCGCUGGGGGUGUUGUGUCUCCCAGGGACUUUGUGAAUGUUCGUCGGGUGGAGCGCAGGCGAGACUGCUACAUCUCUGCAGGAAUUGCCACCAAUCACAGCAGUAAACCCCCUCACAGUCGCUACGUCAGAGGGGAGAAUGGUCCUGGUGGAUUUGUUGUGUUGAAAUCCAGCAGUAAUCCUUCAGUUUGCACCUUCAUCUGGGUCCUCAAUACAGACCUGAAGGGUCGCCUCCCGCGUUACCUCAUCCACCAGUCACUGGCCGCCACCAUGUUCGAGUUCAUGUCUCAUCUCAGGCAGCGUAUAAACGAAGUCCGCAUCUCCUACCGGUGAUCUCUGGCUUGGGCUCUUUAUCCAGCCACAGUUUACAUCGUGGUAACUUCAAAUUACACUGUGCCCUAUUCGAACCACAACUGGCAUUACGGCUGUCUGCGUCUAGGAAACUUCGACUGAACGUUUGGCUGCACUUUACACUGAAGUUAAAGUUUAUAUAGCACAUGCACACGAGGUCAUAACUCAUACUGUCAAACCCCACAAGAGCUGGAAACAUGAACAGGAAGUUAUCAGAGAGCAGCUUGUGGUGUAUAAGAGAUCAGGGGAAAUGGAUUAGGCCUAAAACCACUGUUGUCCCUCUAGUGAACAGGACUGAAGGCUAGGAUGGGUUCUUUAUUCUGAGCCAAAUACACUGUGGUUUCCCUUGCUGCUUUUACUUAUGCCUUAAUUGAACAUGCACACACAUUCAUACUAAUUAUAAUUAUUGUUUUAGUUCUUAUUAUGGUUUACAAUUGGCUCUUGUGGCCAAACAUUGCUGUAUUAGAUUAUUAACAGUAAAUGCAUUCAUCUGUAGCAUAGAUCAGCGUCCUGCCAUGUGUAUGAUCAUUUGUCUAAUAAUGUAAACUGUAAAGAGUUUGAUUAUACGGUUAGGUCUUAAAUCAGCAUAUCCGGGUAACUAGGACCCAAGCUAUUUGUAUGAAACAUGAUGCAACAACAAAGCAAACAUUUGCGCUUGGUUUUGUUCUGUAAAAACUGGGUCAAAGCAGCUCAAAAUCCAUCUGAAAUGAGCCUUGUGUUGAAAUGCGUGCAUUUUCUUUCUCUUCUUUCUUCAUUGCAUGUCAGUUUGUUUUCUCACAGAGCAUUACUGUCAGUUUUUUGUUAUACACUCAUGUUUACCACAUUCAUACAGGGCAUAGCGAUUUAUAAACAGGAAGCUAAGGCAUAGUCUUAGUAUUUUCUCUAAUAGAAAUGUGAAUGUGUCUUACAUUAGUUGCCUUGAAGCAAGCAAAAUACUUAUUGGUUUUAACAGAGGAAACAUUGGGCUUCCUUUUAAGGGACGGCACGUGUUGUAGUUGGUUUAUCAGUGAUAUCAUGAAUGAUGUUGAUCUUUUUAAACAGUCAUGUUCUGUACUUUGUUUUGCAGCCUUGUACUUGUGUGCCUUUGUUACGGUUUCCCUCACUGAAAUCUCAAGUUGCUUUCAUUAUUUAGAUUUGUUUUGUAUCUGAACACUUUUUUUGGCCUCUAUGGACUGUAACCACGUUUGUUUGUGCAGAGCCUUUUGCAGUUCACUCGUGAUUCAGGUUCUGUGUGAAUGAUAUUUUUAUACUGAUUUACAGUAAUAUGAAGCUAUUCAGAGUUUUGCCAUGUUACUCAAAAAAUCAUGAUGUUUUUCUUAAUGAAGAAUCAACAUUUAAUAAAACUAACAAACAGUUUA